AACCUCUUCCAGUUUUCCUCUCUCCCCCCUUGUAGAAAUCUAGCUUUUUUAUUCUUUCUUCUUGGUUUUCCUUUCCCUUUGUAGAGAUGAAGCUCUGGUUCAUCACUGUUUUUCAUUCUUAGAUUUGGUCUCAUGGUGUAAAUCUUGAUGUUUGAGAUUCAUGUCUCCAGUCGUGAGUGAAAUACUCCGUUCGGAGUUUAUGAUAAAUUCCUCCCUUAGACGCAGGACCCAUCUUGUUCAAUCUUUCUCAGUUGUUUUCCUCUACUGGUUCUAUGUUUUCUCAUAAAUAAUCUCUCUGAAUCCUUCAUAUUACUACUAUUAUCACAAAUAAUAAUCGAAUAACUCUCUACAAUUAGUAUCUUAUUAUUGUUAUUUUUUUCAAGAUCUAAGCUGCGAUUUUGGUGUAAAAAAAAUAUGGCUUCGUCUAGUGGAAACUCCAAUUCCUCAGGUUUCAUGGUGCCGUCGGGAUCUGAAGAAGACUUGCAUCAGUUGAUGGAUCAAAGGAAAAGAAAGAGAAUGGAAUCCAACAGAGAAUCAGCAAGGAGGUCGAGGAUGAGGAAACAAAAGCACUUAGAUGAUUUAACGGCCCAAGUUACGCAGUUAGCCGAAGAUAAUAACCAGAUCCUCACAAGCAUCGCCUUCACCACCCAACACUAUCUGAACAUCGAGGCUGAGAACUCGGUCCUGAGGGCUCAGAUGAUGGAGCUGAGUCAAAGACUCGGCUCACUCAACGAGAUCCUCCGUUUUCUCAACAAUGGGGCGUAUGAAACAAGUGAUGAAAGCUUCACCAACCCUUUUAAUAUCCAUCAUCUUAACCAACCCAUCACGGCCUCUGCAGAUUUGAUGUUCGAAUACUAAAAUUUCAUGGUGUUGGUUGUCUCGUAUUCUCUUUCUUUAACUAGUAAAAUGUUAUUUAGUGUCGUCGGCACCAACGGGUAGGUGGUGUAAAAGAAUUGGCAGCCAAGGGAUUUUAAACAUGGGGUUUCGAAUUUAAAAUAUGACACAGGUGUUAUGCAUGCAUGUGGCCUUCUUUAUUAUGUAGUAUUAAUUAAUUUACUUCAUUGGUUUGUUGUCU